AUUCUAUGACAGUUGACGGUACACAGUGGUGAGCAGUUUGGGGCAGAAAAGGGGCCACAGGGAAAGAAGGAAGCCCACUCCAUGCUCGGAAUAGACAACUCUUCUCUGAGGCGGAGGCUAAGCAGAUUAUGCAGAAAUUUCUUCUUUCCGUCCUUGCCUGGAGCUGGGGUAGUUGUUAAGCACUUGGGUUUCUAAGGAUCCCUUGAAAAGCCACACAAAAUACAUGGCCUUUGAAUGGAUUGCAGCGGUUACCUUUGCUGCUGGGACAGCGGCACUCGGUUAUCUUGCUUACAGAAGAUUUUAUGUGAAAGAUCAUCGCAACAAAGCCAUGGUAAACCUUCACAUACAGAAGGACAACCCUAAGGUAGUACAUGCUUUUGACAUGGAAGAUUUGGGAGAUAAAGCCGUGUAUUGUCGUUGCUGGAGGUCCAAAAAGUUCCCGUUCUGUGAUGGAUCCCACACAAAACACAACGAGGAGACUGGAGACAACGUGGGACCCCUGAUUGUCAAGAAGAAGGAAACUUAGAGGGACAGUUCACAUGCUGCAAACCAGCUUGUCAUGAUGUUAACCAACUUGUCAUGAUGUUACCUGGUUGUUUAAUUAGAGUGACUACCACUUCUGUCUAAUUCAGCUCCUUUGGGUUCUAGAUGUGGUAUAUUGCAAAUUGCAGCUUUCACAUUUCAUGGCAUUUGCCUUAAUUGCUGAAACAUCGUGGUGCACAUUUGUGUAAACAACAGCAGCAACAAAAAAAAAAAAAAAAAAAAGAAAAUGUAAAA